AGAAUAUAGGACAGCAUCAAAUAACACAGUGUAAAUAAAUAGCUAAAUAUAUUUUCCUUACUGUGCAUAAUCAUUGAAUGUCAAAGUCUGGAAAUACAGCCAUUAAACUCUCGCACAAUCGUUUCUCUAAAUGUCCUAAAAGUUCAUACAAAACCGUAAUGAAGAAACAUUCGUCUUUAACAAUUAUGUCUUCAAAUUUUAUCUCAGGUGAAGGACACCAGUAAUUAAUGAUGUCAUUUUAAUGAGGUGUUAAUGAUCAGUCUAAAUGUUGUAAACAUAUAAAUGCUGCAGAGACCUUCUUUGGCUUUAAUAUAAUUAUAAUUAUAACAAUUAUUAAUCUGGAAAUCUCAUGUGUGGCCAUUUGUGAUUUCGUUACGGAGAUAAAGGAUCAGGGGUUUUACAUAAGUUUUUGUUAUUUUUCUAUGGCAUCUGAUAGCGGUUGAACCCGGAAACGGUAUACGUCCAUAAUGGUGCGUGACGCCAGGCUUAACAAGCGGAUUGGAUGUCAGGCUUAUUAAUAUACGAAUAAGCAUUCAUGAGGUGAUUUGCAUUGACUAUUUAUGGGUAAAAUGGGCGUGUACAGGGCGGGAUAUGAGGCUGAUUCACGUACGCACACUUGCAGGUAAUCUGUGAUUUAUAAAGGGAAAAUUGCAUGCAGGUGUGCGUGUGCAAGGUUUUAUAAAUUCCAAUUUUUGUUUGCGUAUGCCCUUUUCAGCAUUCUGGCGUAAAUUCACUUUUAGGAAGGUUUCUACGCACAGUUUUAUAAAUGAGGCCCCAGGACAGCAGACACAAUGGCAUUAUUAGGGGAAAAAACAAGGGAUAAUGACAAUGGGCAGGUGAGGGUAGUGAAACACUAACGGGAAGAUAGACAGGGAAACAAGGGGGCAGGGCCAAGACAACCGACAGGAAAGCACAUGGCCCAAAGCAACAAAACAAAGGCCAUGUGCUUCAACACAUAACAAUUUUAAUUAGUAUAUAACAUUUUUGUAUUUCACACAAGUAUCACACACAAGGUUUCAGAAAAGUGAAAAUGUCCAUGUGGAGCUAAAAAAAUACAGCUUAAUAAAAAACCUUUUCUGCCUGGUACAUAUAUUUUAUUGUUAUUGGAAUAGGGAUGAUGGGAGGAACUGGAUGGGAACAUGUUCAGAGCCUGAGUCAAACCAGCCUUUGCAAUUAUGAGCACAACAGCUCAACAUGUUAGAACAAAUACAGAAAACACAGUGUAACAGCUGUGACUCAUUUUAAAAAGAACACAUACAACAAAUAAUGACACACAUAAUCUUCUUGUUCCAGGCUCCUAUUCCAAAGAGUGUUCUGAUCUCAAUUCCCAUCUCUAAGUCUUCCGUCUCACGUUUUCGGAACAGCGUGGAAGGGCUAAAUCAGGAGAUCGAGCGCAUCAUUAUCCGAGACACAGGCAACAGAGAGGAGCUGUUUAUUCCUCAGGAGGCCCCAGAUGGGCACAGGGCCCCUCCUCCCCUCUUCCAGCGCAGCGCCAGCUCCCGCAGCAUUGACACCCAGACGCCUCUGGACACAGCGGCGGGCAAUAACCACAGCAACAGCAGCAGCCGUUCUCAGUCCAUCUCACCCACGUUCCUGAAUAUUCCCAGCGAGCCCUGCAGCGAUAGUCCCUCUCCCAACGAGGAUGAACCAUUGACUGAUGGCCAUGAGAAAGAUCUCGCCCCUGGCUCACCUCAGCUCAAGUACGCCUCCUCCCCAAAGCCAAACAACAGCUACAUGUUCAAACGCGAGCCACCUGAGGGCUGUGAGCGAGUUAAGGUCUUCACAGAAGAAACACAGGCCAGGCCUCCGCAGGAGAUCCCUCAGUUCUUAUGCCCAGAUAAGAACAAGGUCAAUUUCAUCCCCAAGAGCGGCUCUGCCUUCUGCGUGGUCAGCAUUGCCAAACCACCAAUGCCCACACAGGAUUUCAACAACCUCAAGAAUCAAAGCAACAACCGUCUUGUGCCGGAACCUGAGCAGAGAGCGUCAUGGAGAACCUGCCUGCCUUCCCAGCAACCCUCAGGCUCCUCCUUCUGUCUGUCAGAGUUAGACACACCUCCUCAACAAGCGUCCUAGCGACACAUUUUAAUAAUCAAAAGUGGUUGACACUUAGAGGACGAAGUGAUUAUGAAUGACGUCUGCUUGUGUUUGAUGAGGUUGCGCUUUGCUAUGCAGUGUGUAGGUUUGUGCGUGUUCUCAGAGUAAGAAGGCAGUUUUGGGGUUGGGUUUUUGAUAAACAUAUUUGUGAUGAAUAUAUUAGUUUUGUAUUAUUCCUCUACCAUUCAUAUGACUGAGAAUGUGUCACUAUGAAAUCACUAUGAACGCACACUCGCACAAUCUGGGCCCGUAUUCACGAAAAAUCUUAGCGCAAAGAGUUGCUCUUAGUGACAAAAUUCUAAGAAAAUUCUUAGAAAUGUGGGCGUUUCCCCUUAAAAUGACAGAAAAGAUCCUAGUAAAGAAAAAGUAAUUCAUAAAGCAUCUUAACCCUUAAAAGAGCUCUUAAGGUCCAAAACUUUAGUUGCGAGGAGGACUUUUAAGAGACUUAAGAGUUUCUUUAGCAGCAGAGAAAAUGGACGAAACACAAAAAGUAAGACGAUAUGUGUUGCAAUGCAUGACAAUUUCCAUAUUACUUUUAAGGUUUAUCAGAAUUUUUUUAUUGUUUUUGUGUGUGUUCAACUUUUGUUUAUCUUGGUUUUGGUUUCGGUUUCCUUGUAUAGCCGCUUUGAUGCAAUGCAAAUUGUAAAAGCACUAUAAAAUUAAAUUAAAUUGAAUGACAGUGAGUUAAUAAGACACGACACAUUAGAUCGUGCAGGGUUCAUGUUUGUGACCGAUCCUAGUAGAGACACGCUAACAUCUCCAAGACAGCGCAGAAAAUGCCAUGGCUCCAGAAAUAGAAGAAAUCACCACAUUAACAUAUUUAUCAACUGGAGAAAUGCAACUAUGUAGCAGAGAUGAUUUGGUUCUGUCACAACGGUCACAAUCUAAUCACACAAACAGCCCUUACAGAAACUUAUUGUGUCACUGUUAAUUUUCUAUUAAAUACGUUGACAUUAACAGCAUGGUAAAUAAAAAAAAAGAAUAUAUGAAGAGUUUGGUUUCAAAAUGAAAUACUCCGUUUUAAAAAAAAUUCAAAAAUCAUGUUUUUUAUUAUGUUAUCGUGUUUUUAUUGUCUUUUAUUGUGUUAGUUAGCUGUAUUUUUUAGUUAUUAUGGCUUAUGGCUGCGGUUUGAAUGAUAUUAAUUGGAAUGCACAAUAAAAAAACAUGAUUUUUGAUUUUUUUUUAAAACAGAGUUAUCUCAUUUUGGAACCAAACUCUUCACAAUAUAUAUAUAUAUAUAUAUGUAUGUAUGUGUGUGUGUGUGUGUGUGUGUGUGUUUGUGCGUGUGUGCCUGCGUGCGUGUGAGUAUGGUAAAACAGGAAAAAAUACAUGUGCAAUUUCAAACUAAUGACCCUAUACUUAAAAGUGCUCUUUUUUCCUUCUUGGCCAACAAACCAAUCACAGUCUUCAAAAGACAUAGCAACGGGGUCAGCCCCGCCUCCUCACUAAGAUAAAAGUUUUUGUCUUUUCCUUGCUCAGAGUUGCUCUCAGAUUGGUCCUGAAUCACUUUUAAACUAAGACUCCUACGCAGAAGUUUUUAAGCUAAAUUAAGAGCUUUCUUAGAGGAUUCUUAGAAGCUUUAAGAAUACGGGCCCAGAUCUACAUGAGCUUCCUCGGUUCUUCAGGGGCUGCAUGGAGCAGAUUUUUGUGAGACAUUGAUGUAUAUUUUAUAAUAGUUUGCAGUGGAUCUCUUUUGCGUGAAAUGAUUUCUAUAUAUUAAGAGGACCAGCACAUCAUUGAAUAGAAAUUAUGCUUUUUUAAGGGGCAGUUCACCCAAAAAGAAAAUUUGGGUCAUUGUUUACUCACAGUCAUGUCAUUCCAAACCAGUCUGACUUCAUUUUGCAGAAUUUGACUAAAUUCCCCCAAAGUAAUUUGAAAUACAUGGUCGCACUUUUCUAUUCAAUUACAGUUAAUGGUGACUGGGGCUUUCCAACUUCAAAAGCACCAUAGAAGUAUAAAAAAAUCUCUAUAUAAAUUGUCCAUAAUGUCAUCAUGUGUUCUGAAUUAUACAAUAACUUUGAGUGAGCUUUAUUCACAGAAAAUCUUGACAUCUGACCAGAUAUCUAAGUUUAACUGACUGAUCCAGUCAUCUCACAGGAGAGAAGGAUUUUCAGUAAAUAGCAAGUUAAAAUUAGCUCUGUCUUUUUCUUAAAGAUGUCAUAUGGCUUUAGAUAACUUGAAAUAUAGCAUUUAAAUCAUAGUCACAAUUUUAAUGAUACUUUAAUGGUGCUUUUAAUUGAAAAUAGAGACCGAAUGUACGUCACUUCGUAACAUGACUUGACUAAGACCGCCCAAAUCUAAACGCAAGUAAGGUGGGCCUAGAUUUACCUGUAAAUCUCAUUGUAUCGUCACUGUCGCAGACAUCUCGCGGAGAUGCUGUGUGUUUCGUUGCGAAAAGAAAGACCGUUUGCACUGCCAAAAGAUGAGACAACUAAAAACGAAUGCAUGUUUCUAUCUCAAAAAAACUCUGUAUGAUGUAUAUGGUUGUUUGUUUAUAGUCUUUAUAACCUUGUAUAUAAAAGGUAAAACAGCUAGCUAUAGUUUUUAACGAUUUAACAUAAUAUUUUUUUAAUAAAACCUUACCAAUCCUUCACAUCCUGCUCUAGUCGCGCUGGCAAAGUUGAUGUAUCGGCUUGAUCAUCUUCAUUUUCCGUAUCAGAUUCGGGCUCGAAUUGAUAUAAGUACCGAUGACAUUUUAUCACCUGUCAGUACAAUUGCUUGGGACAUGAUGUUCCGGAUAUGGUAAGAGGCGUAACAUUUCCGUCAACGCUUGCAGUAUUCGACCAAUCACUACGUACUGGUUAACUGGCCAAUCAUAGCACACCUCGCUUUUCAGAGCGAUGAGCUUUGUUAAAAAAUCAGCGUGUUUCAGAGAGGCGGGGCAAAUAGGAUAUACAAACAUGCACGGUAUGUGGAAAAUACUGCGUUUUUGAACCUUAAAUCGCGUAUACACAUUACAUUACAUCUAAAACAAACGAUAAUAUUCAUUUUAACCGUGUCAUUUGACCCCUUUAAAUUCAUAAUUUGAAUGUGAUAACAGGCCACCAUUUUAUGUGACUCACACAAGUGCUUUUGAAGACUUGGCCAAAGAGAACUUCCUAUGGCUCUUAAAUAUAAAGGGCAGAAUAAGGCGAUUUAAUGUAACAUGAACUGUUGUGUCAUUAAAGUAAAUAAUAAAUGUAGGCAUUGUAGCUCAAAAGUGGAGUUGGAGUUUGUUUGGAUUUCAUACCAGCGGCUUGUGACCAUCUCUCAGUGCCUCCGUUUAUGUGCUUUGUAUGCGGGGUGGAGUUCCUCCCAGUUGUUUUGUUGGGAGGAAUUUCCUCCUGUAGUUACUGUAUUUUUUUCUGUAAAGUUCUAGUUAAGGUUUCUUUUCAGCAACAUGAACCUGGCAUAUUUUAGCACUUUUACCAGCGUUAUGAAUCAGCAAGGGUCCUCCAUCUAAGGGUCCUGCAUCUCAUAGCCUUUGUUAAAACUAAAAUAAGCUCCCGGCCUGUGAUUACUAGUGUAGAUAAGUACUCAGGAUUGUAAAAGCAGCAAUCUCCUCUGGCAACCACACAAGAAUUCAAACGUUUCUCGCUCGAAUACAAAUUGAUGUUUUAUCAACCGCUUUGUAUAUCUUCUUAGGAUAUGUUUUGAAGUAGAGAACUUUCUCGCCAUAGGUCCAGUAUAUUAAUAUACUUUUAAAUGGAUAGUGGCCUUACAUUUAUCUUUCUACAUAGUGUGACAUGUAGUCAGUAAGAGGCAAAGUUACAUGGCGGUGCAGCUGACAGAUAUUAACAAUCCAUACAGACAGUUUUAUUAACACGGGGACAGUUAUGUAUGAUGGAAUAUUAUGAUGUAUGUUGUUUGUCUCAUUACACACACCACUUGUUGUGGCUGUAUGAAAGUCAACGGAAUAAAGUUGCACUCGCGCUA